AUGUACAACGCACUCAAAUUCAAGCGGCAACAGAAGCAACAGUAUCAGCCACUCGAAAACGACCAGCCACUAGACAAUCCUGAGGAACACCGCGGUGCCAUAUGUUUAAAGAUAUUGGAGAAAGCGAAAUCAUCGAUAUCCUCAUUAUCACCUAAAUCUUCAUCAUCAUCAUCAUCAUCAGUAUCAACCUCACCCAAAUUUAAAAAUAACAAUAACAUUAAUAAUAAUCAAGAUAAAGAUAAAGAUAAUAGAGAUAGAGAUAAAUCACCACUGAUAAACAGAGGACAACAACAACAAAUACAAAACGCAUCAAAAUUCAAGGAAGAGGAAGAAGAAGUAGAAGAUAGUAAUGUAAUAUUAAAUCGACAACCACAAUCAACCGAUAGAAAAAUGAAGGAAAUGCUUAUGAUUUGUAUUGCUGGUGGUACUGCAAGUGGAAAGACUACCGUUUGUGAGGAAAUCAUUAAGAGAUUGGAAAAUCAGAGAGUUGCCGUCAUCUGUUUAGAUUCCUUCUAUAGACCAUUGGCCCAUGAAGAUCUUGAAAAUGUUGCAUCCUAUAACUUUGAUCACCCAGAUGCAUUCGACUGGGAAUAUGCACAAAAAGCAAUCAAGGAAUUGAAAUCAGGUAACAAAUUCCAUAUUCCAACCUAUUGUUUUAAAACACAUACAAGAUUACAAGAGACAGUAGCUAUUAAUGGUAUCGAUGUUAUUAUUUUCGAAGGUAUUUUAUCGUUAUAUUCACAGGGUAUCAGAGAUCAGAUGGACAUUAAGAUUUUCGUUGACACCGACUCUGACACUCGUCUGAGCAGAAGAGUCAUGAGAGACAUUGCCGAGCGUGGCAGAAGUCUCGAGGGUGUUUUGCAUCAAUACGAGAAGUUUGUCAAGCCUUCGUUCGACGAAUAUAUUCUACCAACUAAAAAGUAUGCUGACGUCAUUAUCCCAAGAGGUGCCGAUAACGUCGUCGCCAUCGAUCUCAUCGUACAACACAUUCGUUCGAAAUUGAACGAGCAAGAUGCCAAGAAAUUAAAUGCAAAUGAUAAAGUGAUGGAAAAUGAUUAA